AUGAAUGACUUUAAAAUGGCUGGCAAGCAGAGAACUUUUACUUUCACCUCUCCACGAAGAGAAGCAAGAGCUGGAAAAACGACAGAAAAGGAACAGUCUGUCAAACAGAGACUGGAGGACAACGAGAAGGUUAAUCAUAUUUCUGCAUCAUAUGACAAGUUAGAGAGACAGCCUACUUUACUCAAGUCCAGUAUAAAUAGUUCCACAGUCAGAAAGCGACCAAACAAGAAACCAAAUCAAAAUAUACCUUCAAGUCAGAAGCUGAAUCAGUUUAUAAUAGGAAGAUCAAACAUGACUGACAAUAAAGUCAAAGACACUGAUAUGUGUUUGAGACGACUAGAAGAUCUAUACAGCGAGACUGAACAGGUCUUAGGCUUUACAAAAGAAGAGGGUAUCUGUUUUGUAGAACUUUUCAGAAAACUAUUGGAAGGAUAUGAUGCCCAAAAAUCUAGGAUAAAAGAAUUGCUGACCGAAAAGGCAGUCCUUUCUAUGAAAGUCGAUGACCAAGACAGACGAAUUGAUGAAAAUUCAGAAUAUUAUAAAAAAGAGCAAGCCAAAUUUAAAAAUCAAAUUGAUCAGAAAGAUGUAGAGAAUCAAAGACUGGAUGAAACAAUUAAAAAGCUUACUGAAGAGAAAAGUGAACUAUUCCAAAAAAUAAAUGAACUUCAAGAACAGCUAGAGGAUGCAACCAAGCCCCAAAAAGGCUACUGCCAUGAAUGCAAAACAGAGAUGAUGGAACCUGUCUUUUCCUUAAAUUCAAAAGAUGACACAGAAUUUCAGAAGGAAAUUGGUCAAUAUCGUACAUCUUCUCAAGUGAUAAAUAUCAAUAGAUGUCAUUCUGAAGAAUUUCCAUCUAGAAACCCCAAAGUAAGAAAGCCCACAAAGAGUGAUAGUGAAACAUUAAACAAAUCAGAAGCGCCAUCUUCUGGUCCUCCUUCCCCCCGAGACAAUUUCUUAAGUGAUUUACCACAAUCCUCACUCAGCUCAUCAAUAGAAUUAUAUGACACUGAUAUAUCUAGACAAGAAACUGUAACAGAUAUCGUUUUGAUAUCUUCAUUCCAACACAAUGGUCUUGAGAAUUUACAAUCCACAAAAGAUUUUCUUUGCCGACCCCUUUCUAGACACCAUAACAUACGUAGUAAUACUGAGAUUUCAUCAUCUAGCUCCUAUUUCAGCUUUGCUAAUCAGUCUGAGUACAGUGGGACUGGACUCUGGUCCAGAGAGAGCAGUUCACUGUCUUUUGCUAACAGUACACAUUCUGAGUAG